AUGGGCUUGGCUGGGCAAGGCUGGCUGCAGGAGCGCUCAGGCAUGCAGGGUGGCCGGCAGCCCAGUCUUGAACCGGACAGCGUUCGGGACACGGUCCCCCCAGACCGAGGGGGCUGUUGCCCUGCCCUCCGCAGGCUGGUCCCUGUCGGCUUUGGGGCCGAGGCGUGGACACUCUUUGCCCUUUCCGGCCCCCUGGGCUACGCCAGGAGCCGCUCACACCUGUCCCCAGGAACUGCCCACAUUGAGCAUGUCCAGACUGCACCCGAGGUCACCGCCCACAGCAGGACCUGGAGAAGCCUCUGUGUGGGGCUGGGCUGUACAGGGCCCUUGAGCCUGGCUGCUUUUCUCCAGUUCUUGUUCCAGGUGCUGACCUUCAUGAUCCACAUUGUGAGCUCGGUGUUUUGUGGGCACCUGGGCAAGGUGGAGCUGGCGUCAGUGACCCUCUCGGUGGCCUUUGUCAAUGUCUGUGGAAUUUCCAUAGGAAUAGGCUUGUCCUCAGCCUGUGACACCUUGAUGUCCCAGAGCUUCGGGAGCCCCAACAAGAAGCACGUGGGGGUCAUCCUGCAAAGGAGCACCCUGGUGAUGCUUCUCUGCUGCCUCCCCUGCUGGGCACUCUUCCUCAACACCCACAACAUCCUGCUUCUCUUCAGGCAGGACCCAGCCGUGUCCAGGUUAACUCAAGAGUACGUGCUCAUUUUCAUCCCAGCACUUCCGGCGUUUUUUCUUUACAGCCUGCUGGCAAAAUAUUUGCAAAAUCAGGGAAUCGUCUGGCCCCAAGUCCUCAGUGGCAUUGUGGGCAACUGCAUCAAUGGCUUAGGCAACUACAUCCUGGUUUCUGUGCUGAGCCUGGGGGUCAGGGGCUCUGCUUACGCCAACACUAUCUCCCACAUCCUGCAGACCAUCUUCCUCUUUCUCUACAUUGUGCUGAAGAAGCUGCACCUGGAGACGUGGGCAGGCUGGUCCGGCCAGUGCCUGCAGGACUGGGGCCCCUUCUUCUCUCUGGCUGUUCCCAGCAUGCUUAUGGUGUGCAUGGAGUGGUGGGCCUACGAGAUCGGGAGCUUCCUCAUGGGCCUGCUCAGCGUACUGGACCUCUCCGGCCAGGCCAUCAUCUACGAAUUGGCCACCGCAGUCUACAUGAUUCCCCUGGGGCUCAGCAACGCCGUCUGUGUCCGUGUGGGGAUGGCCCUGGGAGCUGCAGAUAUAGUGCAAGCUAAGCAGUCGGCCAAGUCAGGCAUGCUUUGCACAGGCGGCACCUCGCUGGUUGUGGGCAUCGUGCUGAGCACCCUGAAAAAUAAACUGGGACGUAUUUUUACAAAUGAUGAACAAGUCAUUGCCCUGGUGAACAAGGUGUUGCCGAUUUAUACCGUCUUUCAGCUCUUUGAGGCCAUCUGUUGCAUCUAUAGCGGAGUUCUGAGAGGAAGCGGCAAGCAGGCCUUUGGAGCCGUCGUGAACAUGAUCAUGUAUUAUGUCAUCGGCCUCCCACUGGGCAUUGUUCUGACCUUUGUGGUCAGAAUGGGAAUCAUGGGCCUCUGGCUGGGCAUGCUGGCCUGCGGCCUCCUGGGAGCUGCUGCGUUUGCUGUCUACACCGCCCGGAUGGACUGGAAGCUAGCUGCAGAGGAGGCCCAGAAACAUGCCGGACUGCUGCCGCAGAGCACUGACAGCACGGUGGCCACGGUCUCCCGGCCCGGGCCUGCAGAAGCCAUCACCUCUUCAGUGGCCACGGGUGCCUCUCCUGGCAUCACCCUGACAAUGUAUUCAAGGCCCGAGAGCCACCUGGACCUCUUCAGGACUCUGGAGGCGGCCCAGGACCUUCCAGCUCCGGCCAGCAGACUGUCAGCCAGACAGCUGGCCAUCCGCCGUGGGGCCGCCCUGGGGAUGGCGUCAGGCACGCUGACGGCCGGGCUGGUCGUCCGGGUCCUGACCACCAGACACUAGCCGAGCGGCUCGGAGACGGAAAGGAGGCCAAGGGUGGCCGCGCCCACAGGCCUCCACACCGGUCGCCCUGCAACAGCACCCUGGGGAUCCAGUGCAGGUGGAUGUACACUUUGGACCGCACCUCAAAAACAAAACCUUCGGCCGGCGUCUCGCGUGACGUGACGGUUCUGUCGACCUGGCCUUCUCUGCUCUGCUCUGCUCUUUAAGAAGACAUCAGCUGACCGGAGAGGGACAAUCCUAGGGUUGCUUCAAAUCAGGAGAUUUCAAAUCAAGACACAAUUUAAAAAACCAGUUACCCAAUUAAAAGCUACAUAUUUCCUAGGUGAGUCUGCCGCCCCCCCGUCUGUUCACAAAGCCUUUGAGAAGCUUGGACAAGGGGGCCCAUGGGCCCUGCAUGGGCAGCCCGGUUCGCCACACCCCCCAUGUGCCCUGUGCCCCACGGGCCCCUGCAGAUCCAGGCACUGGCAACCCCGAAGGGGCAGGUGGCCGUCCAUAGACCCUUCAUGCCAUCAGCAUUGUGCUGAUCACAGACCUUGAGAAACCCUUGUUCUUACAGCAGCGACGGGGUAGAAAGAAACAAGAGUAGCAAAACCAGAUCGAUCGCUUGGCCAUGCAGCCCGGGGGUGAAUGCAACGCCAACCCAAAUUCCAGGCUGCUUCUCUUUGGUGGCCUGGGACUGCCGAAUGUUUUCAGGCUGCACGCUGUCAUCCAAAGUGGAGGCAGUCUGGCCUCCGCCGCCACAGUCCCUGAGGCAUCAGUGGCUCUACACACGUUCACAAACAAAAUGAUCAAAGCCAAUUAAAAAACAAAAAAAAGUACACACAGGACGUAAUCCCUGUUUGAAGAGUCAACAUGAAUUCAGGUUGUUUUCGGUACCUGGUGACAGUCCGGGCCUCCCGCUCACAGGGAGGAAGAAGCUGAUACCCUUGUCCGUGACACUGACACCUUAGCUUCUGGCGACCAAACAAAACGACUGAGGACGGGGCACAGAGAAGCAAUUCUGUCGUUUCCCCAAAGGUGCUCUAAGGUUGAAAAAGGAUCUCGAGAAAAGGGUUCCACGGUCAAGGAAGUUUGGGAAACGACCCCCACUAAACGCCACACAGGUUCUACAGGACUCGGAUCCUUUGAGAUGCUGGUGUGCUUUACAAAUCCCGACACACAGGAUGGGUGGUGGGAUCAGUUUUUGUGUGAAACCUUAUGGGAUUAGUGUUCCUGGAGUACUCUUAACGGAAACCCUUGGUUUAGACUGGCAAGUGGGGCUAGGAGGGCUUAGCUGGAAAAACCCUAAACUCCACAGGUGCUUUAAAAAAUAAAAACCUGUAAGGGACAGAGAAAGCAGAGCUGGAGAAAAUCUUCUUGGCUAAGAAUUUCAGGGAGAA